GUGAUUUCGCUCCCUCCCUGAGAGAGCAACACCGUCACGCCCCACCACCAACCUAUCCCCCCACCGCGUCACGACUCACGCCACGCGCGCCUCCCCCACUCAGAUCGGUGGCGAGGGGAGAGCGCGGGAGAUGGCGAAGUCGAGCGCGGACGACGCGGAGCUGCGGCGCGCGUGCGCGGCGGCCGUGGCGGCGUCGGGCGCGCGCGGCGAGGAGGUGACCUUCUCCAUCCGCGUCGCCAAGGGCCGGGGCAUCUUCGAGAAGCUGGGACGCCUCGCCAAACCCCGAGUCCUCGCGCUCACAGUUAAACAAUCAUCAAGAGGCGAGGCAAACAAAGCUUUUCUCCGAGUAUUCAAGUAUUCAUCUGGUGCAGUACUUGAGCCAGCCAAACUUUACAAGUUGAAACAUCUUACAAAGGUUGAGGUUAUAUCAAAUGAUCCCAGUGGUUGUACAUUUGUUCUGGGGUUUGACAACCUUAGAAGUCAUAGUGUUGCACCUCCACAAUGGACAAUGCGCAACAUUGAUGACAGAAACCGCCUACUUUUUUGUAUCUUGAACAUGUGCAAAGAGAUACUUAGUUAUCUUCCGAAAGUUGUUGGCAUUGAUAUCGUGGAGCUAGCUCUCUGGGCAAAGGAAAACACACUGACACUAGAUAAUCAAGUGAGCACCCAAGAUGGCCAAGAAACAUCUGUUGCUACUCAAACUGAGAGGAAAGUAAUAGUAACUGUUGAAAAUGAUCUUGUGUCCCAAGCAAAGGAGGAGGAGGAAGACAUGGAGGCACUUCUAGACACGUAUGUUAUGGGCAUAGGUGAAGCAGAUGCUUUCUCUGAGAGAUUGAAGCAGGAGCUUGUUGCUUUGGAAGCAGCAAAUGUGCAUCAAUUACUGGAAAGUGAGCCUUUAAUAGAGGAGGUCUUGCAGGGUUUGGAUUCUGCUAGUGCAACUGUAGAUGAUAUGGAUGAGUGGUUACGGAUCUUCAACCUGAAGCUCAGGCAUAUGAGAGAAGAUAUUGCAUCGAUUGAAUCACGUAAUAACGGCUUAGCGAUGCAGUCUGUAAAUAACAAAGGACUCAUGGAAGAGCUAGAUAAAUUGCUUGAACGUUUGCGAAUUCCACAGGAGUUUGCAGUAUCAUUAACUGGAGGUUCUUUUGAAGAGUCACGGAUGCUGAAAAAUGUUGAGGCAUGUGAAUGGUUGACGAGGGCCAUUCGCAGCCUUGAAGUGCCAAAUUUGGACCAAUGCUAUGUUAACAUACGAGCUGUUAGGGACAAAAGAGCAGAGCUGGAGAAACUGAAAACAACUUUUGUUCGACGAGCAUCGGAGUUUUUGCGGAACUACUUCUCUAGCUUGGUGGACUUCAUGAUUAGUGACAAAAGCUACUUUUCUCAGCGAGGACAAUUGAAGCGGCCUGAUCAUGCAGACCUAAGGUAUAAAUGCAGGACAUAUGCCCGACUUCUGCAGCACUUAAAGAGUCUGGAAAAGAGCUGCAUAGGUCCUUUAAGGAAGGCAUACUGUCAUUCCCUUAAUUUACUACUUCGUCGAGAGGCACGUGAAUUCGCCAAUGAACUUCGUGCAAGUACAAAAGCACCCAAGAAUCCUGCCGUUUGGCUUGAAGGCUCUAGUGGUUCUGGCCAGAAUGGAAGCAGUGCUGAUACUUCAACAGUAUCUGAUGCAUACUCAAAGAUGCUUACUAUAUUUAUCCCACUUCUUGUGGAUGAGAGCUCUUUUUUUGCACAUUUUAUGUGCUUUGAAGUACCUGCACUUGUUCCAUCUGGUGCUCCUAAUGUUAAUAAGAGUAAAUCCGGAGGAAAUGACGCAGAUGAUGACCUGGGUCUUUUGGAUCCAGAUGGCAAUGAUCUUCAACCUGAUAAUACAUCUGCUGAACUGGGUACAUUGAAUGAAGCUCUUCAAGAACUACUUGAUGGAAUCCAGGAAGACUUCUACGCGGUCGUAGAUUGGGCAUACAAGAUUGACCCCUUGCGCUGCAUCUCAAUGCAUGGGACUACAGAGCGAUACCUUUCUGGUCAAAAAGCUGAUGCUGCAGGAUUUGUUCGCAAACUACUUGAUGACUUGGAAUCAAGAAUAUCAGUACAAUUCAGCAGGUUUAUUGAUGAAGCGUGCCAUCAAAUUGAGCGUAAUAAUGAGAGAAAUGUGCGUCAAACAGGGAUUCUAGCCUACAUUCCAAGAUUUGCUGUCCUUGCAUCACGGAUGGAACAAUAUAUUCUAGGGCAGUCCAGAGACUUAAGUGAUAAAGCAUACACAAAGCUAGGUGGAAAUCUCAAUGACAUCUUCAUCUUUAAUGAUAUUAUUAGCAAUUUGGGUUUGAUUGAAAUUUCUUUCAAAGGGAGAAAGUACACUUGGAGUAACAUGCAAGACAAUCUUUUGCUAGAGCAGUUGGAUUGGUGUUUCACCACAGUUAACUGGUCUUCAGACUUUCCUAAUUCUCUUCUACAACCUCUAGCUAAACCCCUGUUAGACUACAUCCCUUGUAUGGUGCAAAUAGGAACCUCCAUUCCUAAGGCUCAAAUUUUCAGAUUUGAGAAUUUUUGGAUUGAUUACCCGGGUUUCUUUGAAACUGUGGAAAGUAUUUGGAAAUCUGAAGUAAGAGCUAGCAACAGUGCUACUAAAAUCUCAGCUAAAUUCAAGCUUUUGAGAAGGCCCUGAAAAGGUGGAGCAAAGGAAUAUCAAAGCUCAAUAAUCUGAUAAAAGAAUGUAACUCUGUUUUGGAAGCUAUGGAUAAGCUGGAAGAGCAAAGGCCCGUUUACACCCAAGACAGAAACUUCAGAUUGAUUCUUAAGUAUAGGAAGGAAUAUUGGAGAAAGAGGUACACUAUCAGAUGGACUAAAUUUGGAGAUGAAAGUACAAAUUUUUCCAUGUUGCUGCUACAGAAAGAUUCAUAUAUAAUACAAUUACAAGUUUAGAAUCUCAAGAUGGAAGAAUAAGACUGACCAUUUAGAAAAAAACUGCAAUUUUGUUUGAGACCUAUAAAGCUAGAAUGGGAACCUCUCUCAACCCCUUGAUGCACUUUGUUCUAGAAGAUCUUGUAAUGAAACAUGAAAAGUUAGAUCAUCUUUCUCAUCCCUUUAGCAAGGAUGAAAUUGAUAGGGCUGUUCAUCAAAUGCCCAAUGAUAGAUCCCCAGGACCAGAUGGUUUCAAUGGUCUCUUCCUCAAGAGUUGCUGGAACAUCAUCAAAGAGGACUUUUAUGAUCCUUGCAAUGAUUUCUUCAAUGGCAGUCUAAGUUUGCAGGCAAUUAACAGCUCCUUUAUUACUCUCAUUCCAAAAAAUAAUAAUCCAGUAGGGGUUAAUGAUUUUAGGCCUAUCUCUCUGAUGAAUUGUGUUCUUAAGCUAAUCACUAAGCUCAUGGCCAAUAGACUACGGUCAGUUAUUAUUCCAAUUAUCCAUCAAAAUCAGUAUGGUUUUAUAAAAAAUAGAACAAUACAAGAUUGUCUAGCUUGGUCCUUUGAGUAUAUAUAUCAGUGUCAACAUUCAAAGAGGGAAAUUGUGGUGCUCAAGUUAGACUUUGAAAAAGCUUUUGAUACUAUUGAACAUUCUUCAAUUUUGAAGAUGCUUCAACAUCUAGGUUUCGACGACAAAUGGCUUGACUGGACUCGUAGAAUUCUUGAUUCUGUUCUUCUCAAUUGUGUCCCUGGCAAAUUCUUUCAAUGUAAUAGGGGCGUGAGACAGGGCGAUCCUUUAUCGCCUCUUCUGUUUGUACUGGCUGAUGAGUUGCUUCAAUGCAUAAUUGACAAAGCUCAUGAGAAUGGUAUGCUCAAACUUCCAAUCCCGGCUGUGGGCACAAA